AUGUCCACGUCAACCAACGACGCCGUUAAAGGCGGCGAGCAACCAGCCAAACCGCCGACUCGAUUUGCUACGAACCCUCCGACCGACGACGCGACCGACGGCGGUGCUCUGGCGGAUGACCGCCUCCGCUCCUACUUUGCCAGUUACAGCGCAGGCACUCCGUCGUCCCGCGGUCAAGAACCGGGGCCCGGGCCCUCCCCUGACAUUGCCGAGCUCGAGGCCGACAUGGCCGCGUUCAGGGACAUUGCCAACGCCCCCGCCGGUGACCUUGCUAACCCAGAAGUCUAA